AUGCCGCCCCCAGAGCCGCCGCGACAGCCGACGGCGGAGGAGUCGCUGCCGCCACAGAAAAGAAAGCGCAGGCACUCGGAUAAUGAUAUGGGCCCAUCAGGGGGUACGCUCAUGGAAGGGGGUUCCGCGAGAGGAUCAGUGCUGAACAAACGAAGUAGGCCGGGCGAGUACAAGGAUACCCCAGAUCUCAUCGCGGCCCUUCGCGCCAAGUUCGACUCGGAGGACAGCAUCGACUUCAGCGGCUGCUUCUUCGUACAAGAUGGCCCUGCGAACGACAGGAAUCGCGUCAAGGCGGUCAUAGACGAGAUAUGGCGCGCAACGGGGUACAAGUUCACCAUCAAGGACCAUCCGCAACUCAAGGACGGGUUCAAGACGCGCUUAUGGUGCGCCCAGGAUGAGAUUCAGCGCGCGCGCAAGCACAACGGCAGCCUCGAGCCGCGGGUCAACAGCGCGGGCGAGGUGCUCGGCAAGACGCGCUACCCGUGCAAGAGCAGCCUGCAGGUGACAUGCCGCGAGGGCUACGCCCCCAACGAGCGCCAAGUUACCGUCCGCAUCCACCACCACUUCAAGCACCCGCCGUUCACGGAGCAGCUGCCGCCUGAGGCGCCGAGCAUGCUCGUCGCGGCGCAGCCGCAGGCGCCGGUGUACUACAUACCGACGAUGGCGCCGCAAUUCGCGUACUACCAGGUGCCGCAAGGUGGUGCGAACGGUCAAGCUCCGCCAGUACCGCCUGUACCACCACCGUCCUCCAACGCUCCCCCUCCGCCGGAGCCUCAACAAAUACCGGAUCCUCCUACGAGUGCCCAUGGGCCGCCGACCUCCCACCCUCCUGCUACUCAGACGUCUACGAACCACCCUCCUGUACCACCUCCUUCGACGCAUCCCUCAUCGGCGUCGCAUACAUCCUCAGCUUCACAUCCUCCUCAGCCCGUUGCUCAGCCAAACCCUGUACACCCCACCCGCCUCCAUCCCAAUCUUACCCAACCACAUCAAUAUCCGCCCGUGCCACCUCCCGAACCCUCCCCCGCACGUCCGCCCCCCUCGCAACAAGCUCAAGCUCAAGCGCAGCCACCUCCUCCAGCUCAGCCAGCACCUGCUCCCGCGCCCUUGCCCCUACCUCCACAUCCCGCCUUCUCACAUACGCCCGUCGCACUGCCGCCCCAUCUGCAAGCAUACCGCACCCGCAUGCUCUCCCUCAUCACUACCAUGCGCGACUUCUGUGGCGGGCUUGAGUACCAGCUGCAGUUCAACGACUUCCGCAUGCUCGAGCAGCUCGAGACGGAGGGCGCGUCGUUCUUCAGGUUCAUGGAAGCCUGUCUGCAGCGCGAGCGGCCGGCGGGGGCUGCGAGUGGGAAUGGUGGUGGUGGUGGUGGUGGUGGAUCCACUGGGAGUGCAAGUCAGGCUAACGGGGAUGCACAGCAGGCCAAUGGAAGUACGGGCCAAGCCACCGGACACUCGAGGCAGGGCAGCGGGGGCGCGGCGCCGACUCUGGGGCGGAUGAUUCUGCCCAAAGGGUAUCCGGGUCAGGCCCCUAGACACUCGUCGCUCGUCAAUGGGGAUCCGAUUCCGCUCAGCGCGCUUUCGAGUCAGGCGAAUGGGCAUCCUGGCCAGGUGAAUGGACGGUCAAGUCAGCCCAACGGGCGUCCGUCGCAGGCGAACGGUCAUGGACACGAUGCGGCUGGAAGUUCUGGCUCGCCCGUGCACGGAGGGCGAUCUGCGGGCUCUUAGGGAUGAGGUGCUGCCAGUCGGGGCUGUUAUGAUGCCUAUGAUAUCGUCGUAUUUAUUCUCGCUCAUGUCUGCCGCUAUUUCGUUCGCCUACGUAUGUCGACUGGCUUUCUUGUAUAUUCACCAGGGAGUUCUUGUGUAUCCAUGUCACGCCAGGUCUCUUGUGUGUAUUUUGCCUCAGAAUCUUGCCUUGUUGCCAGCACCUGCACAUCCAUGGCCAGCGUUGUCCUCGUCUGCUCGUGGCGAUACAACCGACGCUGCCCGCCGCUCGGAUUUGCAAAGAGUAGUGCUACAUCAACGACGUCGGCCUCGCGCGUCGGUGUGAUGGCUACCUCAGGCGUGCACAAAUGCGGUAGGGCCGACGUCGGGGCGGCGAAGGGCGUUGAAGAUGGCCACUGGCAGGCUGCGAUGGUCGCAGCCAAAGACGGGGGGGGAGGACAUGAUAAUACAAUAGGCGUGGUAUAGAUAUGACAGAACAGAUGUGUGCAAGUUCGGGUAGCAAG